GUUUAAAGUCACUCUUCGAUUCCGUUGCAUUGGAAAUGGUCACCAAAAUGUAUUACGGUGAAAUAUUACUAAUUUGCUUUUGUUCGAUUUAUUCAGUGCAAACAUUGCCGGUGACGAUGGUUAGACGACAACUGAUGUUACUAUCAUCAACCAUGGUGCAUGGAUAUGAAAUAAUGCAACAACAAAAACCAUAUCUCAUCGAAUUCUUCAAAAGAAAUAAUGUGAGUGAGGUUAUUUUCGUUCCGUAUGCCAAAGUAAAUGGAGACUACGAUGGAUACACCAAGAUGAUGGCUGAUGCUAUUGCCACAUUUGAGCUUCAGACGUCAGUCAAGGGAUUGCACACAUUUGACGAUCCGGUUGAAGCCAUCAAAGCGGCGCAAUGCAUUUACAUCGGCGGCGGAAAUUCAUUUGUUUUGCUAAAAAAAUUGUACGAUUUAAAUUUGGUAGAAUUGAUUCACAAGCGUGUACUUGAAGAUGGCAUGGCAUACAUGGGUUCAUCAGCUGGUUCGAACGUGGCAACUCGUUCUAUUCAAACUACCAACGAUAUGCCUAUCAUUUAUCCACCAUCAUUUGAUGCAUUAAAUUUGGUGCCAUUCAAUAUAAAUCCGCACUACAUUGAUGCAGACAAAAAUAGUACGCAUAAAGGUGAAACCCGUGAGGAUCGCAUCAAAGAGUUUCACAUAAUUAAUGAAGCAGCAGUAUUGGGCUUACCUGAAGGUACACUGCUUGCAGUCGAUGACAAUAAAGCAACUCUUAAAGGCAUCGCUAAUGCUCGCUUGUUUACUCGCACCGAAUCACGCGAAUAUCAACCUGAAUCCGAUUUGAGCUUCCUCUUGGAGAAAUGAAAACAAAAUCAUUCACCAAUUAAAACAUCACACAUACUACAAUCGAAAGCAAUUUUCUACCAUUGAAUGGGAUAUUAUUUGAUUUUCUUUUGGCCAAAUUAAACACAAAAUGUGAAAUAAAAAUUUGAAAAUAAAUUUACAUGGGAAAAUUUACUUGGACUAUA